AAGCGACCAGUUAGGAAGCUUCUCGAACCCUAAAGUGAAAGAUAAUGGCUCUAACGAAACCGUUCAUGUAACCUCUCCUACCAGAAGGAAGUUACCAAGGACUCCUGUGAGGCAUGAUAAUCAUAGUCAGAGAGAGGUAAAAGCUCAGAUCUGGUUCGAUCAGAAUCAGAAUAACUUGGCAGUUACGCUUCUUUCCGCAAGAGGUCUCCGACGCCGAAGAUCCGCUUCUGGAAGCUUACCUCGUGCCUACGCAAAGCUUCGAUUGGUGCCCAGCUCUGGAUUCGAAUCGGUAAAAACUCACGUGGCUGAACCUGGAGAAAAUCCGGAUUGGAACGAACUGUUCAUUUAUCCUUCAAUUUCAGCUAAAGAGGUGGUGGACAAAGUAUUAGAAAUCACUGUGUGGGACAUGAGUCCAUCUGGGAAAAAAAUAUUUAUUGGAGAAACACGGAUUUUCCUACGACAAGCAGAUUUGCGAGAUUCUCCCGAAUGGUACAACCUGAACUACCACCAGGUGGCGCCAGAUAAUCGCCGUAAGACAUGUGAUACACUGGCGCAUGACAAAACCCAUAAAAAACGAUCUAGACAACAUAUAACGCGCGGAUCUCAUUCCUAUCUAGUUCUUCAUCCAAGCAGUGCGAGUUACCAAACACAGCCGCUAGAUGACGCUAAAAACAUUACGAGUUCACCAAUUACGUCACAUGAUGAUUUUAAACAGGAACACAGCAGAAAGAAAUCCUCUAGUCUUCAUGCACAGGACGGUAGGUCAGAUGUGUGUUCCAACGCCAAGAGGAACCCUAGAGUAAAAAGUGCCAGUUUCAGGAUACAUCGAUCCCCUGAUAUAGACGGUGAACGAGAAAAGUCACCAGAGUCUGGGAUUUUAGAUAAAACGGCUAAGAAAAAUCUGACUCGAACCCUCAGCCUGAGGACGAAUAGGACCAAGAAACACGUGGGCCUAGCAAUGGCGUCAGCACUCUCAAAACCGGAUGUGACGUCAGAAAACGAGGUGCCGAUAAUGACGUUUGGACCAAAUGGAAUCCGUCGUGGUCCUGGUCAAGUGUUCUUCGGAAAAAUAAAUAUCAGCGGAGCGGCAACUUUGGGAGACAUCAAGCUUGGAUUUCUGAUGACUAAAGGACAGCUAGAAGUCCGUGUUAUAUGUGCCCGUCAGUUGAAGUUAAAUGCAGCAGGACAGCCCCCUGAUACCUAUGUGAAGACAUAUCUGAAAGAAGGAGAAAGACAGAUGCAGAAGAGAAAGACAAGGGUAGUACGACACUCUUCAGAGCCGCAGUACCGUCAAACUCUAAAAUAUAAUGCUUCAAGUAUUCAAGGUCGCCACCUGCUGGUAAUGGUGUGGGAACGGCAGAAAGGAUUUGAACAUAACCAGCCACUAGGAGGAGCUGAUAUCCAGCUUGAUCGGCUGGACUUUUCGAGGUUACUUAUCUGCUGGUACCCCAUCUAUCCUGUCUCACACGUAGAUUUAGAAUCAAACCAGUCCGCCUGAUGUUUACGUAAGACAAUCUGGAAGACAUUCAAUGAUCCAGCUGAUAAAUUUAUAUCUAAAACCACGUAUGAUUUGGUUAUAUAUUUAUUUUUAGAGAUGUAAUUGUUGGUCCAGACAUAAUUCAUGGUGUUUUGAAAUACGAUCUUACUUUUCUUAAUAGCUAAAGGCUUCAAGAUUAGUCCAACCAGUAAUUAUGUAUUGAAUGUUUUUUCUAAUUAAACAUCAUUUUUAAAAAACUGAAAUUAAUGCAGUCAGCUAACGGUGAGCUGUUGCUAUAAAACUAGAAGUUACUAGGGUAUUGUUGUAAAACUCUUUUAAAGUUGGACUUUACCAGGGUAUUGUUGUAAAACAAUUUAAAAAUAGAAUCUACUAGGGUAUUGUUGUAAAACAAUUUAAAAAUAGAAUCUACUAGGGUAUUGCUGUAAAACAAUUUAAAAAUAUAAUCUACUAGGGUAUUGUUGUAAAACUCUUUUAAAGUUGGACUUUACCAGGGUAUUGUUGUAAAACAAUUU